AGGGGAAAUGGAUUCUGUACCACGGCUGAUCAGCCUUUUCACUUUGCUGUUCUCCAGCUUGUGGCAUCCAGGAUUAACAGCGACAAAUUACAACUGUGAUGACCCAUUAGCAUCUCUGCUUUCUCCAAUGGCUUUUUCCAGUUCCUCAGACCUCACUGGUACACACAGCCCUGCUCAACUCAACCGAAGACUUGGAGCUGGUGGUUGGUCCCCAGAGGACUCCAAUGCUCAGCAGUGGCUCCAGAUGGACCUGGGAAGCAAAGUGGAGAUCACAGCAGUGGCUACACAGGGACGAUAUGGAAGCUCUGACUGGGUGACGAGUUACAGUCUCAUGUUCAGUGACACAGGGCACAACUGGAAACAGUACCAGCAAGAAGACAACAUCUGGACCUUUGUCGGGAACACAAAUGCUGACAGUGUGAUGCACCACAAGUUACUGCAUGCAGUGAGAGCCCGUUUUGUUCGCUUUGUGCCCCUGGAAUGGAAUCCAAGUGGAAAGAUUGGCAUGAGGGUUGAGGUGUAUGGAUGCUCCUAUAAAUCAGAUGUUGCUGAUUUUGAUGGCAGAAGCUCCCUUCUGUACAGGUUCAAUCAGAAGCUGCUGAGCACUCUCAAAGAUGUUAUCUCUCUGAAGUUCAAGAGCAUCCAAGGAGAUGGUGUUCUGUUCCAUGGAGAAGGUCAACGUGGAGACCACAUCACCCUGGAGCUCCAGAAAGGGAGGCUAGCCCUGCAUCUCAGUUUGGAUGACAGCAAAACUAGGCUUAGCAGUAGCCUACCAUCAGCUACCUUGGGCAGCCUUCUGGAUGACCAGCACUGGCACUCGGUCCUCAUCGAGCGGGUGGGUAAACAGGUGAACUUCACCGUGGACAAGUACACGCAGCACUUCCGGACCAAGGGAGAAACUGAUGCCUUAGAUAUAGACUAUGAGCUUAGUUUUGGAGGAAUUCCAGUACCAGGCAAACCUGGCACCUUUUUAAAGAAAAACUUCCAGGGAUGUAUUGAAAACCUCUACUACAAUGGAGUCAACAUAAUCGACCUUGCUAAAAGACGAAAGCAUCAGAUUUACAUCGUGGGCAAUGUCACUUUUUCCUGCUCCGAACCACAAAUUGUUCCCAUCACAUUUGUCAACUCUAGCAGCAGUUAUCUGCUGCUGCCCGGAACCCCCCAAAUUGAUGGGCUCUCAGUGGGUUUCCAGUUUCGAACAUGGAACAAGGAUGGUCUGCUUCUGUCCACAGAGCUGUCUGAGGGCUCGGGGUCCCUGCUGCUGAGCCUGGAGGGUGGAACCCUGAGACUCCAGAUUCAGAAAGCAACAGAACGGGCAACUGAAAUCCUCACAGGCACCAACUUAAAUGAUGGUUUGUGGCAUUCAGUCAGCAUCAACGCCAGAAGGAACCGCAUCACUCUCACCCUGGAUAAUGAUGCAGCAUCCCCAGCUCAGGACACUACCCGGGUACAGAUUUAUUCUGGAAAUAGCUACUACUUUGGAGGAUGCCCUGACAAUCUCACCGUUUCCCAAUGCUUAAAUCCUAUUAAGGCUUUCCAAGGCUGCAUGAGACUCAUCUUUAUUGAUAACCAGCCCAAGGACCUCAUUUCAGUUCAGCAAGGUUCCCUGGGGAAUUUUAGCAAUUUACACAUUGAUCUGUGUAGCAUCAAAGACAGGUGUUUGCCAAACUAUUGUGAACAUGGAGGAAGUUGUUCCCAGUCCUGGACUACCUUCUAUUGUAACUGCAGUGACACCAGUUACAUGGGUACCACCUGCCAUCACUCUCUCUAUGAACGAUCCUGCGAGGUGUAUAGGCACCAAGGGAGCACAGCUGGUUUCUUCUACAUUGACCCGGAUGGCAGUGGGCCUCUAGGACCUCUCCAAGUGUACUGCAACGUCACAGAGGACAAAAUAUGGACAUUGGUGCAGCACAACAACACAAAACUGACCCAUGUGCAAGGUGCCAGCCCUGAGAAUCCCUACUUCAUGGCCUUGGAUUAUGGGGGCAGCAUAGAGCAGCUGGAGGCUGUGAUUGACAGCUCAGAGCACUGUGAGCAGGAGGUGGCCUACUACUGCAGGAGGUCUCGCCUGCUUAACACACCAGAUGGAGUACCUUUUACCUGGUGGAUUGGCCGGUCAAAGGAAAGGCACCCUUACUGGGGAGGUGCUCCUCCUGGAGUUCAGCAAUGUGAAUGUGGCCUGGAUGAGAUUUGCCUGGACAUUCGGCACUUUUGCAAUUGUGACGCUGACAAGGAUGAAUGGACAAAUGAUACUGGCUUUCUUUCCUUCAAAGACCACUUGCCUGUAACUCAGAUAGUUAUCACUGAUACCAACAGAUCAAACUCAGAAGCUGCUUGGAAAAUUGGUCCUCUGCGUUGCUACGGUGACCGGCACUUCUGGAAUGCAGUCUCAUUUUAUACAGAAGCCUCUUACCUACACUUUCCUACCUUCCAUGCGGAAUUCAGUGCUGAUAUUUCCUUCUUUUUUAAAACCACGGCUUUAUCUGGAGUUUUUCUAGAAAAUCUUGGCAUUACAGACUUCAUCCGACUUGAAAUAAGCUCUCCUUCUGAGAUCACUUUUGCCAUUGAUGUUGGGAAUGGUCCCAUAGAGCUCGUAGUCCAGUCUCCUUCUCUUCUGAAUGACAACCAAUGGCAUUAUGUUCGGGCCGAGAGGAACCUCAAGGUGACCUCACUCCAAGUGGACAGCCUCCCCAGGAUGAGCAGGGAGACUUUGGAGGAGGGCCAUUUCCGACUUCAGCUGAACAGCCAGCUGUUUGUAGGGGGAACAUCAUCAAAACAGAAAGGCUUUCUAGGAUGCAUACGCUCCUUACACUUGAAUGGACAGAAACUGGACUUGGAGGAGAGGGCCAAGGUCACAUCUGGAGUCCGGCCAGGAUGCCCAGGCCAUUGCAGCAGUUACGGCAGCAUCUGCCACAACGGAGGCAAGUGUGUGGAGAAGCGCAGUGGAUACUUCUGCGAUUGCACCAGUUCACCAUAUGAAGGGCCCUUUUGCAAAAAAGAGAUUUCUGCUUUUUUUGAGGCUGGCACUUCAGUUACUUACAUGUUUCAAGAACCCUACCCAGUGAUGAAGAAUCUAAGCUGGUCAUCCUCAGCCAUUUAUGCAGAGUCGGCUCCAUCUAAGGAAAACAUUGCACUUAGCUUUAUGACAGCCCAGACACCCAGCCUCUUGCUCUAUAUCAAUUCUUCUUCUCAGGACUCCCUGACUGUGCUGCUCUGCAGGAAUGGAAGCUUACAAGUUCACUAUCAGUUGAGCAAGGAAGAGAUCCAUGUGUUCACUAUUGAGGUAGAAAACUUUGCCAACAGAAGGAUGCACCACUUGAAGAUUAACCGAGAGGGAAGAGAGCUUACCAUUCAGAUGGAUGAGCAGCUCCGGCUCAGUUAUAACUUUUCCCCAGAAGUGGAGUUCAAGGCUGUAAAGUCACUCACCUUGGGCAAAGUCACAGAGAAUCUUGGAAUAGAUUCUGAAGUUGUUAAAGCAAACACCCUAGGUUUUGUUGGAUGCCUGUCUGCAGUUCAGUACAAUCAUAUAUCACCACUGAAGGCAGCUCUGCGCCAUAUGACCAUCGCACCUGUGAUAAUCCAAGGGACCUUGACGGAAUCUAGCUGUGGCUCUAUGAUGGAUUCGGAUGUGAAUGCAGUGACCACAGUGUAUUCUUCAUCAGAUCCAUUUGGGAAGACAGAUGAGAAAGAACCACUCACAAAUGCAGUUCGAAGCGACUCGGCCAUCAUUGGAGGAGUAAUUGCGGUGGUGAUAUUCAUCAUAUUCUCCAUCGUCGGCAUCAUGACCCGGUUCCUUUACCAGCAUAAGCAGUCACAUCGUAAUAACCAGAUAAAAGAGAAGGAAUACCCAGCAAACUUGGACAGUUCCUUUAGAAAUGACAUUGACUUGCAAAACACAGUGAGCGAGUGUAAGCGGGAAUAUUUCAUUUGAAAAACUGCAGGGUCAACUAAUGUUCUUUUGUUGUUAAGGUUUUCUCUCCUCUUUCUCCUGUUUCUUAAUUCUAGUCAUUUUCUUUCUGUCAUUUGUUCCCUAUUUAUUUUUGGAGCACUGACCACAGCAUUUACCCUCUUGACCCAGUUUAGAAGGCCAGGCUGCUAUGGCCACUGUCUUCCUCUUUGACAAACCUAUUUUGUUGAUAAUGAUCACCCAAAAACUGACUUUACUUCUUUAGACAAGGAAGAGACACAUGUGCACAGGUGCAUAUUCAGUUCUGUAUUCCAUUUUCUAAGAUGUACUCUUCAGCUCUGCUGCCUUUCACAGGUUUACUUUGAACAAUAAUUCAGUGACCUUGGCAUUAUCAGUCCUUUUUGAUGUCCUCCUCCAUCUCAAGUUCAUUCCUACCAGGGAACUCAGGAUAGGGAAGAAGAUGCUAUAGGCCUGGUAUACUUCAGUGCCACUUUAAAAGGAACAAGAGAGGUUUGUUUUGUGUUAAUUUUCUUUACCAUAAGAAUGGCAUUGACCAAUCUCAUAAAUUUUUCACUCUGACUCUUAUCCCCUGUGUAUUUUCAGAUAUAGUCUUCCUGUUUUUAGUGAGCUAUUACUAUGCCCCUGUCUUACCACACUCUCAAGGGCCAGCAAUUUAGGACAACAUACUUUAGCCUAACUUUGAGGAAGCAUGAAAGUAGUAGCUUAAAACUAGGAGGAAAAAGAGUGCUGCUAAGAAGUAGAUGUUCUAUAACUUCAAAAAUGCUUCUGCUGAUUUCAUAGGUUAGCUAGGUUAUUCCUGGGAUUAUUAUAUAUUGAUAUAUAUCUGAAGCAUUAAAAAUUCAAGUAACAAUCUAAAAUAGUAUCUGGUUCCAUGAAAGAGCUUAAGCCAUCUUGAUUCAGCUUAAAAAUAUACUGAAUGAAAGAAGAUAAAUACGAAAUAGAAUUCUUCACUUCCAUUCACUCACUAAAGUUCUGGUGGAGAAAGUGAAUGUAGGUUUAAUAUUUCUGAGCAGAUACAAUGAUUCAUCUCUGUCCAUCAAGCAAUCUCCUAGGAGGUUUAGGAUGUGCUGACAGGUAAGGCAUUGUUAGCUAUAAUGAACCCUCACUGCUUAACUUUGGAGGAGUUUGUAGGCCCUAUGGCACAUCACAUUUUCAAAUCUGUUACAUCUUAUGUAUAUAAAAGCAUCUGUGUGCACAUGUGCACAUGCACACACACACACUUCUUCUUAUAAGCAUUAACUAUCAGAUGACAUGGUGACAGACUUCCUAGUCUUUACCUCUCUGAUAACAAGGCAUCGAAGAAGAAACACAAUCAUUCUUUCAGGAAGGCAUCUUGAGCUCAUCCACCAGGUGGUGGUGAGAAUCCUAAUGGUUUUGCUAUAGCAAUAUGCCUCAUCCUUUGCCUCUGGGCACUCUUGAAAAAGAUAAGGCAAAACACAAUAUAAAUCUGUCAGUAUGCUGGGAAUGCCAAUAUAGUGAUCUACAGAAGUGGAAAGUACUUGCUGAUUCUCUUUGAGAGACAGAUUUGAUUUGGGAAACAAUUACCACAUAGCUGCUUUGCUGUUCACCAGCCCUGACAGUUACCACUCUAUCUUUUCCCCAGUAUAUCUGUCGCAUCUGAGUACUUAAUGCUGUCCUGCAUGAGGAGGCUCCCCAUGAGGAAUGCAUUAGUUUCAUCUGACUUCAGGUUCAUUUCAGGCUCUGCUUUCAGAAAAUAUGGCAUAAUAAUUUAGUUUCUAAUCAUAUUUCUCAGCUUUAAGAUGUUCUAAUUAUACAUGCUUUCCUUGAAAUUUUUUAUGAAUUCUCACUUAAUCAUUCUAUCAUUUCCAUUAUAUCCCUUUGCUGGUAAAUUAAUUGUAAUGAUUCUAACAAAUGCACCAUUUGUUUCCUUCUAGUGUUAAUAAGAUGAAUGAUAUAUUAAUAGGAGGGAAGAUCUAUAAAUAUUGGUGCUCCUCCCCUAUUUCCACUUUCACUUUUGAAUUUUCUAUUUCUAUAAAACUCUGUAUAAAUCAGCCAUUUGCUUUGCUAGAUAGUCCUUUGUGCCCUGAGAUAAAAAAAAAACUCUAUGUAGGGCAGUGGGUUUAACAUGAUGCUUCUUUAGUAAUGAAAUGGAAAGGAAAUAGGUGUGAGUAAUAAAAUGGAAAAAAGCAAGAACUAUAUCUCACUAAUACAGAGCUGACAGAAAAAAUGGAGGACUAGAAAGACCAACUUAAAGUAUUUAUUUUCUCAUUUACAUUGAUGUAUAUGCUCAUAGGUAGUUCUGUAGGUUAAGAAUUUGUGAUGUUCCAUCCUUACCACAUGUGCACUAGAGAACCCACCAGCAUACCUCCCUGCAUAGGUAGACUACAUAUACUACACACUAUAUAUCACAGACUGAAAGACAAAUGACAAGAAAGUACCAUCUGCAUGCCACUCUUAUAAGAGAGUCUCAGGGGCACAUUAGAAUUAUUUUUGCAAGGUUAGAUUAUUUCAAAAACUCAGCAAACACUCUUUCACUAGAUGUAUAUGAAAGCAAGUGAGUUGCUCCCUCCAAAGAGAACACAAUCUUCAGUUAGAAAUAAGUGCUAACUUUGCCUGUCUUCUUCUCAGUGGUACCAUAAUCCUUGUAGUUUUGUGCAAUUUUUUAAUUGUGUGAGUGUUUCAAUCCUUGAACCAUUAUUCUCUAAAAAAAGAUUUUGAAAGCCUUCUAAUCUCUCCUUGACCACCAUUUCUGCUUCAAUAACCAUGUUUUCUGAAUGCAUGCUCUGGCCAACUAGAUUUCCAUAAUCCUCAACAUUAACCCUUAGUCUUUGUUAACUGCUGCUUACACAAAGAUUUAAUCAAAUGUGGUCACUUCAUAAAAAAAAAAUACCUGUUCAAUUUUACAUUCUAAGGGAGCUAUUUCAUGGAUAUCCUUCCACCAAACAAAUCUAUUUAUGCAAGCAAUAGUACAUCCAUUUACCAUAAAAUACAUUUAUCAAACAACCACUGCAUCAUUCAUGUUAUCAAUCAGUUAGAUUACUAUGGUUUCUAUGAGAAUUCAUCUGGAAAAUUAGAGAUUUAUCACUUCUCUAAAUAUAUUUUUAUGAAUAACUUAGCCUCUUCUCUUCACUCUCAACUGCAUAUGAGAGAUUUAUCUUAAGGAUCCUGAGGCUGACUUUUAAAACAGAUUUUGUUCUCUUUAGUAAUAACAUAGAUGGUACUAACCCAACCCCAUUGUUUGUCAGACUCAUGUCCAUCAAAAGUUAAUAGGAGCAAGGCCAGAACAAAAUAAAUAGAUUAUUCUCUUCUUUCUUUAUACAUUCAUGAAAUAUUUAUUGACUGUCCUGUACCACAGGGGAUAUGGUAGAAAUGGGUGCUCAAAUAUAAAUUACACCUUGUUCUUGCCCUUGGGGAACCCAAAGUCUAGCAUGUUUGGUUGUAAUAGGCUUUUAUUUUUUGCUAUAAUAAGUUGUGCAUAAAGUACUAUAGAAUAUAGAGCAAAGGCCCUAUACAAUUAUCUUUAUAAAGCCCUUGCUAGACACUUAAAAAUAUAAAUUUUGGGAAACAUUUGUAAUUUUUUUGUUUAUUACUUUCACCUUAAAUAAGGUGCUUUUUUCUCCUCCUCAAAGCAAAUACAUAUUGGUACAGGUAUGUUUCUGCAGAGAGAGAGGUUUAAUCUCUAGGGACAGCAAGAAGAAAUGUCCCUGUCUCUAAAAUAUAUUUGGGAGGCUGCAUUUCCUCUAUUCUUGUUCAUUUCUGAUUGGGAAAUUCUGAAAACCCCCCAUCUGGUCAAUCAGUCCUAAACGACAAUUUAGGGACCUUCUUUGCUGUAGGAAACAAAAAUCUCCACUUCUGCUCCCCUCCUCCUGUUUUCUCAGUGCUUUUUUGUCAACUUUUUUUGUUGUCGUUCAAGUACAGUUGUCUGCAUUUCCCCACCACCACUCCCGCUACCCCUUCUCAGUUCUUUUUCAACAUCCUGUUAUGACCUAUUACAUGCCAUUGCUCUUUCAGACAUUCUUAAGGGGUAUUUAUUGUGCUCCAGCACCUCUUAACACCGCCUUUUGUCCUGAUGAGCCAUUUGACUCUACUUAGGAAGGUCUUUGAAAACUAGAUGAAGUAUUACUUUGGGUAAAUAACUGAGAAAAGUUGUUGUCCAUCUUAUUGAGGUCUCACCUGUGUGCUUUAGCUGAAUGUUUUCAAUCUUGAAAGUUGUACAUAUACCCUUCUCUGCACAAAACUGAUUAAAUUAUAGGGGCAGAACUGAGAGGCUGUAAACAGAGAGUCUUCACCAAGAUAUUCAAGGAGAGAAGAA